AUGCAGGCGGUGGCAGUGACAGUCCAGGGAGUCCCAGAGGGCGUGCAGCCUCCAGUGGUAACAGCUUUAAGCCCUUUCUCCCUCCAUGUGAGCUGGUCUGAACCGACUCGUCCCAAUGGAAACAUUCAACAGUACCACCUGAACCAGACUGGUGUAGGAACCGUAUUUACACACAUCGAUCAGCCCACAAAUUACACUGUGACCGGUUUGCAGCCGUACACAGAGUAUAGUUAUGUGCUGGUGGCCUGCACAGCUGUUGGAUGUGGAGCCAGCUUACCUUCCACAGGACGCACGAUGCAAGCCUCCCCUGCUGGUGUAUGGUCAAGCCCCAGACAUCUGAUAAUAAACACAUCUGCGGUGGCGCUGUACUGGGAUCAGCCAUUCCAGCCUAAUGGACACAUCUCCCAGUACAGACUGAACAGAGACGGUCACACUAUUUUUACUGGAGAUCACCGUGACCAGAAUUAUACUGACACUGGACUCCUGCCAAACCGCAGGUAUGUGUACAAGCUGGAGGCCAGCACAGGAGGUGGGACUGGUGUGAGUGACAAAUAUGUUAUUCAAACACCAGUCUCGUGCCCCACUGGUAUCCAACCUCCCCACAAUGUGACAGUGUUGGGACCCCACUCCAUCUCUCUUGCCUGGACCACUCCUGCUCAGCUCAACAGCAGCAAGCCUGUAAACUACAUCAUCCUGUUAAAUCCAGGAAGUGACAGAGCCAUAAUGUGUCCUGCUGGCCAAGACCGGCACCUCACUGUGACAGAUCUAGAGCCAUUCACCGCCUACCACAUCAGACUGCAGGCCUGUCAAAUUGAUGGGUGUGGUGUAGGAGAGGGAUUGUAUGUGCGGACUUUAGAGACCGCCCCAGAGGGUCUGCUGCCCCCCACAGUAAAGGCAGCUGGAGCCAGAGUCCUGGAGAUCCACUGGUCACCCCCCCAAAAACCCAAUGGACUCAUCACAUCCUACUAUAUUUACAGGCGUCCAGUAGGAACAGAGGAGGAGCUGCUGGUUUUUAUCUGGUCCAGUGGGCCGCUUGAAUUUUAUGAUGCAAGCCCUGCCCUGCGACCCUUCAGCUUCCUGCAGUACAGGGUUCGCUCCCACAACUCCAAAGGCUCAGUUCUGAGCCAGUGGGCUUUAGCUCAGACCUUACAGGCAGAACCACAAGAUAUGGCCUCUUCCACUGUCACACCCACCGGUGCAUACUCAGCCCAUCUGAAGUGGAGGGAACCGGGACAGCCCAACGGUCUCAUUUCCCAUUAUAAACUGGUUUACAAGAAGCACCAACAGGACCCAACGCUCAACUCAACUGCUGUUACUGCUCUCACUGUUGAGGUAAAUCCACACAUACAGUAGAUGCACACACAUGCACAGGG